AUGCGGGAUACAAGAAUAUUCAAACAGGUGGAUGUUUUCACAAAUAGGAAAUUCAAGGGUAAUCCCGUUGCUGUAUUUUUCGAUGCGGAUGAUUUGAACUCUGAUGAAAUGCAAGCAAUUGCAAAAUGGACUAAUUUAUCCGAAACUACAUUCGUAUUGAAAACUACUAAUAAGGAUGCUGAUUAUAAGCUUCGUAUUUUCACUCCUAAAAAUGAACUUCCUUUCGCUGGACACCCUACAAUUGGAUCUUGUUUUGCAUUAAUUGAGAGUGGCCUUAUUCAACCGAAAAGUGGAAAAUUGAUUCAGGAAUGUGGUGCAGGACUCGUUGAAAUUCUGGUUGGUGGUGAUGUAUCUAUUCCAAAGAACCUUAUUCUUUCGUUUAGGUUACCAUAUUUUCAUAUAACUCCAAUUGACACAUCAGUUCACUUGGAACUUGAGAGUGCAUUAAAAAUUUCCUCUGGUUUUUGCUCGAAAAUUGCAUCGCCUGUCCUUCUCGAUGUUGGCCCUAAAUGGCUUACAAUCCAAUUAGUCGAAGGAAUUGAUGUAAUCAAUUUGGAACCUAAUUAUACGGAAAUUGCAAGAUUAUCCAACUUCUAUGGUUGGACUGGAAUUGAAGUUUUCGGUAAACAUGAAGAUGGAACUUAUGAAUCAAGGAGUUUUGCUCCAGUUAUAGGUGUAAAUGAAGACCCAGCAUGUGGUAGUGGCGCUGGAGCAUUAGGUGUUUACUUAAGUCUGAUUUCUGCCAAAGAUACUAAAUCUGCUGAUAUUAAACAAGGGUGUAAAAUUGCUAGAGAUGCAAAAUUGCAUGUUUCUAUUGAUAAACUCAAUGAUAAACCAUCAAUUUCAGUAGGUGGUCAAGCAGUUACUUGUAUCAUUGGUAAUUAUGAGCCAUAG